AUGUUCACUCCCUCCUACAGAUUAUCGUGGCAUCUUGCCCUACUUUUCAUUAUAAUUUCAACAUCCUUAGGUGAAGCUCUAUCAAAUCAUUCGAUUUCAGCCGUUCUUGUUUUCGGAGAUUCUACUGUUGAUUCUGGAAACAACAAUUAUAUUGGAACUCUUUUGAAAGCCAACUUUCCACCUUAUGGAAUAGAUUUUGUGAACCACGUUCCCACUGGAAGGUUUACCAAUGGCCGCCUUGUCACUGAUUUUGUAGCUAGUUAUAUUGGGAUCAAAGACUACGUGCCACCCUAUUUGGACCCGACGCUUAGCCUUGAGGAGAUGAUGACUGGAGUUUGUUUUGCUUCUGCUGGUUCAGGAUAUGACCCGUUUACGGCUCAAAUAAGCAGCGUGAUUCCAGUGCAAAAGCAACUGGAAUACUUCAAAGAGUACAAAAUAAAACUUGUAAAUUCGAUUGGAGAGGAAAGAACAAAAAGUCUGAUAAAUAAUGCUGCUUUCCUCAUAAGCGCCGGUACGAACGACUUCGUGGUCAAUUAUUAUGGCAUCCCAUAUCGACGCAAAAUAUACAAUAUCACCGGUUACCAGCAAUUCAUAUUGCAGCAUCAAAAACAAUUUAUACAGGGUCUAAUCAAUGAGGGGGCUCGAUUGAUAGCUUUGGUGGGGCUUCCGCCUAUGGGUUGCCUACCAAUCGUAAUCACCCUUACUUCUGGAGUUACAUUCACUCGCCGUGCAUGUUUUGAAUCAUUAAACUCCCUUGCAUUUGAUUACAAUCAGAAGCUCCAGAAUGAAAUAAAGGCUAUGCAAACUGAUGAUGGCCCUAUGAUUGUUUAUUUUGACAUUCAUCAACCGUUGAUCAACAUAAUACAAAAUCCCUCGCAAUUUGGUGAGUGUAAUCAACCUUCAAUUACUUGUCUUUUAUUCAGUCCUCAUGGAUCUCCAAGACUAAAAAAUCCAACCAAUGAACUGGUCUAA